GCGGGGGUGGAGGGGACAGCACUCUGACCUUUGGCCAGAUAGACCUCAGCCUGUCCAACCCUCCCCCUGCUGUCCUCCAACUGGACACAAAUACUUCCCGCCCAGGACAUCUCCAGCCUGUCUAGGAGGUGGACACCAGCCCUGGUGGCCUAGGCCUGAAUCAGCGGACAGCUGCCCUAACCAGCUUGGACUCCUCAGGCCCUGGCGAGCUCAUGCCCAUUCCAGCUCUGAGCACUGGGCCCGCUCCGAGGUGCUGCACCCUACACCAGGAUGUGCUCAAGGCCUGUGCCCUGCGAGCCCCUGCACCGCGUAGCUGUGACUGGGGGCACCCAUGGCAAUGAGAUGUCUGGCGUCUGCCUGGUCAGGCACUGGCUGCAGGCCCCUGGAGAGCUGCAGAGACCCAGCUUCUCUGCCGUGCCUGUGCUGGCCAAUCUGGCGGCCAUAGCCACCUGCCGCCGCUAUGUGGGCUGCGAUCUCAACCGCACCUUUAUCAGCACCUUCCUCACUGCGAAGGCCAGCCCAGAUGACCCAUACGAGGUGACAAGAGCCCGGGAGCUAAAUCAGCUGCUGGGGCCCAAAGCCUCCAGCCAGGCCUUUGACUUUGUCCUCGAUCUGCACAAUACCACAGCGAACGUGGGCACCUGCCUCAUCAUCGACACUAACAACGACGACGUCUUUGCCAUGCACCUGUGCCACCACCUGCAGCUGCAGAACCCGGAGCUGACCUGCCGGGUCUUCCUGUACCAGCAGCCUGGGGAGGAGCGCUUCAGCCUGAGCUCUGUGGCAAAGAACGGAAUAAGCCUGGAGCUGGGCCCCCAGCCUCAGGGUGUGCUGCGGGCUGACCUUUUCUCCCGGAUGAAGGCCCUGGUGGCCACAGUUCUGGACUUCAUCGAACUCUUCAAUCAGGGCACAGCCUUUCCUGCCUUUGAGAUGAAAGCCUAUAGUGUCGUGGGCACCGUGGACUUCCCACGUACAAAGGAUGGGCACCUGGCAGGCACCGUGCAUCCUAGGCUGCAGGACCAAGACUUUGAGCCACUGCAGCCUGGUGCUCCCAUCUUCCAGAUGUUCAGCGGUGAGGAUGUGCUGUAUGAGGGAGAGUCUACUGUGUACCCCGUGUUCAUUAAUGAGGCUGCCUAUUAUGAAAAGGGCAUUGCGUUCUUCCAGACUAAGAAGCUCACAGUCUCUGUGCCUGCUCUGCCUGCGCUGACCUCUGCCUGCACCCCAGGUCCCUGACUCAAUCCACACUUGCCCGGCCUCAGCCUUUCCAUCUGAACAAUGGGUCCUGAGGCACAGUUCCGAGCUCAGGACCCCUUUUGCCACCUGCUGUGCAUCAUAUUCCUUGCCCAGGCCCCCUAACCACAGGCUUCAGUUUCCCAUUCUACAAAAUGGAAAAUAUGGUC